CUCCACUCACCACUCGCCAGUGCUUUUUCUAUAGGAACUACUAUCAGCAAUAUCAUAGUCGAAUAUAGGACUAUAGAAAUAGGACUCUGAUGGACACAUACAUACCGUAGCCUUCUAAAUUGAACAGAAAUACCCAUCAAGCCUCACAAUACGGGAUAAUAUUACGGUCAAGUUAAGGUGCUGUCUAUCUUGCACCACGCACGGCGUUUAACUGACGGAAUGGAGGAUGAAGGGGCAUCGUCCGUGCCAACCUUCAAUUUGGGGAAUCGAGUCACUAAUUUAGGAAAAUAUUCGGUACUGACGGAUCGUGACCACUACUAUGACGAUGAAGUUAUUAGUUGUACAGCAAAAGUACACUUUUAUAAGGGAGAAGAAAGAGUACGGAAUCUUAAUUUCGUACUGUAUGCUAGGAUAGUUUAUUACUAUCCGGGUACUGGGCGCGUGAAAACAGCUAGGAAGAUUAGCAUGCUCAAAGAGCCGUUGCAGGUGUCACUUGUCGAACAAGGUGUAGAUCUCGAGUACGCGGCGACUUUCGCAGUGCCAAUCUUUACGCCGCCAGCCUUCAAUACACGCCAUACAGUUGCACUCAGCAGUAUAUACGUUGUAGUCAUAAUACGGGUCAUUUGGACUGUUGAGUUGGUGGGAGAAGUUAUCAAUGCGUUCUCUCUGGACCACUGUGACCCAGAGGUAGCCGCACAGGAUCACACAUUACUUGUUCUUGCCUACAAGGAAAUCGAUAAACGCACUGUAUAUCAAUCUGAUUGCAUGCACGCGACGGUGGAAGGCAUUUCAACACUUUCCAAAAGGAGCUUCCAACCGUCACGCUCAUCACUCUGGUCACGGAGACAGCGGUCAACUAUUUCUGGUGUGCGUCGACCAUCUCUUUCUACAGGUGACGUUAGGGAAACAGAGCAGUCAGAUCAAAGCCUGAAUGGAAACUCUCACCAAAGUUCACCGCAACAUCCACCGCAAAGAUCGAACACAUCGAGUGGUUAUGAAGUACCAAUACUCGAAGUGAGAAGAAACAGGCGGGGUCGCGGUUAUACAGUAAACGACCUUCCACCUCAACCGGCAUCGGUUAGUGGUAAUCCGAGACGUGUGACGGGCUCACCAGGUCCGGGUCGUGUGCGUAGAUUGCGGGCUGCAACUACUUUGGACUGUUUCACACUAUCACCUGGGGCGACGACCAUGGCUACGAUACCUUCGAAUUCAUCUGCAUUCCCUGAAGCACGUGACAAUGGAGUAGUUGGCCGAUCACGUGCGGCGACGGCGUCCCAGAGCGAUAGACGGGUAGUAUACGAAGGAGGAUCAGCUCCGAAUUCUACCGUUGCACUCGGUUCGCCUGGCUCGAUAGAUUUUUCUACCACGAGCGCAGCGAGUGAGAACAACACCGACGUGGCAAGGGUUGUGUCAGACGGGGAUGUAGCCUGUGCUGAGCCGGAAAGUGGUGUCCAAACGAAUGCUCCUAACUUACAGGUGGUUACGGUUAGAGAAUCGCUAAGAGACAAUCAAACUCAAAAUACCUACGAUGAACUACGCCAACGUUCCAUUAUUGAGGAAAGGCAAGUUCAAAGCACAGCGAAAUCGACGCCCGUGACCAAAGCGCAGUUACAGUUCAUGUAUAAAUUGCAAGACGAUCUUGCGCUGCGAGAGAGUGACACAGCGAUGGAAAAUUUGGAGUUGGACAAGAUUCUGGAGACGGAUUUCGGUAAAUACAGUGAGGUCACUCAGGAUAAUUACAUUAUCAUGCGGUGCAGUAUCAGGGAACCUGGCACACUGAGUAACAACAAACCAUUCGGUAUUGAAGUAUCGGUUUUAACGAGUUCCAGAGUCUUGGUGGCAAGGGCGGUAUCCGCGAAACUGAUACAAACCACUACGUACAAUCUGAAUAAUAAUUACACUGCUAGUUUUGCCAGCUGCGUGGUGGCUAGGGCAACGAAAAAAUUGAGUAUCAAAACAAUCGGCAGGAAAUUGAAGCCUGUUCAAACGCAUACACUGAUACUUGACCCAGCGUGUCCGAAAAAGCCCAUUUUCACCAACAAUUUCUCUAGUGAGGGAGUGAGAGGGGAUGUGCCUGCACCUACGGCAGAAGUCGUAGAUACUAUGGAGACGCUUCUAGUUUCCGUUGAAUACACUGUGCAAGUGAAAUGCCGCGUCUGGGGAGGGCCUGAUAUAGUGUGUGAUAUACCUAUAGUGUUAGAAAGCUGUGGUAUCGAAACUAUGCCGGAUCAAUCGGGCGUUCAGGAUUAUUCUGUGGACGAUUUUAACGCUGGCAGGGGUUCAACCAGUUCUGGCUGCUCUGACCCACUGAGCAUAUCAACGGUGAACGAUAACGCACCUUCUGGUCCACCUUCAGCUAGUCGGCGUUUGCGUGAUAUGUCAACUAAUACGGGAGAAGUUACCAGAGACCCUUUGCGAGUGAACUCGCCCCGUCAGGUGGACACUUCCAGUCAACUUCCGGACUAUGAAGUCAUCAAUGAGGAGAGUACAAAGUCAUUCGGACCGCUAGGGAGACGAGCAAGCGAUCUUAAAGCAGUCACAUCUCAAAGGACGCGUUCCCUAAGUAGCGGCGGUCUAAAGUUGUCCUCGUUGUCCAGUCUACCAGGACGCUUGAAACGUAAAACAUCUGGUAUUGCCUCAAGGUUGAGUGUGACGAGUAUAAAUGAUGCAGAUAGAAAGUUGUUUAGUCGUGAUUUGGAACCCAUUCCGGCGGUCCCAACCGCGCUAUGCUUAGAGGCAGAAGAUACACCAUAUACGCCGCGUGCACCGAGGCGGGAGUCAUUCUUUCUUGACGGAGUGGAAUUGCCUAAUUACAUGGAAGUUUUAAGCUCGCAAGCUCAAUAGAUCACAUCGAUUUGUUCUCGGUGGUGGCUGUGCUCUUCAUUAGUUCACCAUAUUUAUCUGCUCGAUGCGCAUUCACGCGUGACGUAUAAUAAAAUAUACGGGUCAAGGAGGGUAGUCAAAUAGUGCACCAUAAUUUCUGCUCGAUGUGCAUUCACGCGUGACUUACAGUAAAAUAGACGGGCAAAGGAGGGUAAUCAAAUUGUACCAUCAGUGCAAAGAAUUUCAUUUUUGCUGCUCAAUGGCGGUUGCAAAUGAGAAUGAUCGAUUCGGAGAGAUCUAGAAUGGCUAUAGGAUAUUUCACGAAGGGGUAUUAAUAUAGAUUAGUGCUAUGUGAAAGCGAGGUAUUCCAUGAAUUGGUGAUUUACGAGGUUAAACAUUGGGUUUCAGAUUACGUAUUCAGUGUUUUUACUACGGCAGUGCGUGCCAUUAAAAGCUUUUAAAAUAUCGCCUCGACAUAGAAGGAUUAAAUGGUCCGACAUACGGAAAGA